GAUAUCAGAGACGCUCGGGAGCUCAUGGUCGGUGAGAACACGCCGUGCGGCAAGCUCCACCAGAACAUGGUAGUCGGGCAGCACGCGGUGGAGAUCUGCAGUCCAGCAGCAAUGCUGUGGUAUUGCAGCGCCCUCCCCGCGAUGCAGCCUCUGUGGCAGCGGGCGCUGGAGCUGCCACGCCCGUGGCACAUCAUCAUUUACGGCGAUGAAAUAGGCGCUGGCAACGCGCUGGCGCACGUGCAGAACCGCAAGUCCUGGGGCAUCUACUGGACGAUCGCGGAAUUCGGCCCGCAGGAUGCGUGGUUCCAGCUCGCGACGAUGCGGGCCAAGACCGCGAACGACAUCCAGCCGCACGGACUGACGAUGCUACUGGACGCAAUCCUCGCGCAGUUCUGGCCUGAUCAGGGGCACAACUUCAGCGCAGGCAUCAGCUUGCGGCUGCGCCCCGACGGCGCGACGGAGCUCAUCCAGAUGGACCUCGGAAUUUACAUUCAGCCGCUGCAGCGGUCGCCGCAUAGCACCCAAGAUUACUUAGCAUACAUGUGCACAUGUAUAUAUCCAUUACGCCUUCUUGCGUCGCUGCAGCGGCUCUGUCGGAUCGCGGCCGAGGAUGCAAUACACCGCUUGAUCGGAAUGAAAGGUUCGUCAGGAAUCAAACCAUGUUUUACGUGCCGCAACGUGUUCUUGAAGGGCGAAGUUCGGGAUAUAGUUGCUUCUGAUGCGACGGGUGUCGCUGUUCACCACUCGGAACCAGAUGCGUCGCGGCUGCAGCCGAUGACGGCGCCGUUGCUCGAUGCCAUCUGCAACAGAUUGAUCGAAGGGGUCAACAUCGCGAACAAGGGCGAGUCCCAGGAGUUGGAGCGCCGACUUGGCUGGAACUGGGACCCCCAUUUGCCUGAGCGGGUUCGGAAACUCAAGCCGCUCGAGACAGUCAUGUUUGAUUGGAUGCAUUGUAUUUUCGUCAACGGUACAUAUAACAUUCUGGUGUUCCAAAUGUUUCGAAGGUUGAAGGGUUACUGGGCGCGCGCAGACGCAUAUUUCCAGGACUGGUCGUUUCCAGGGUGCCACUCCAUCUCCCCCGACACGUGCGCGAUCUUCGGCGAGAAGCGCGUGAG